AUGUAUUUCGACGACAAAUAUGUUCCCGCUCUGGAAAUGAAGAUCAAGAAGCUCAUGCCUGUUGACCCAGAGUCGAAGCGUCUAAUUGACUGGAUGGAACAAGGUGUCUAUGACGCAUUACAGAAGAAAUAUCUGAAGACGAUGGUGUUUGCAAUAUGCGAAUCCGAUGGAACGUCCCUUUUGGAAGAAUAUACAUUCAACUUCUCUUACGCGUCUCAGACUGGGGAUGUGUCUUUAAAUAUAUCGAAGUCCGGAAACAAGGAUAGAGACACCACGUUCAAAUCCGUUGGCUCGGAUGCGACUCCAGCACAAAUGAAAAACUCUGCAUGCAAACUGGUUCGGACGCUCGUGCAGCUCAUGAGGACACUUGACAACGUUCCAACUGAGAGAACUAUCAUUGUGAAGCUUCUAUAUCACGAGGAUGUCACGAUGAAAGUUGGUGAUGUUGACAGCAAACACUAUUCGAUAGCCCUGAAAGUACGGAGUGUUCUUGAUCCAUGUGACAAUCAUGAGGAGCAGCAGGGCAGUCAAAGUAAUGGAACAGAAACUUCGGGCCAGUCAUCAGAAUCCGAAGAAGAAAAGGGUUCUGGGGAAAAGGAGGGAAGCAUCAGAGACGCAGGCGACCUUCCAGGGAAGAAGCAAGAUGACGAGACCUCUAAGCUGUUGAGCACUUCUCCGACUGCAUCUCUAAGUCUCAUCAGGUCAUGGAUUCUAUCAAGGCCAACAAUUACCGUUGAUGUCAUGGAUGUGUUUGCCAACUUUCCGGAUGCAUCUCUGGUCUCCAUUGAAGAAAUCAUGGAGGAGCUUGUUAGCGAAGGAAAGUUAAAAGCUGUGAACGCAGACCUUUACUCCAUAGUCCAUGGAGAUGUGGUUGGUCAGGAAGAAACCAUCCUGAAGAAUCAGAGCGCUCCACCUUUGAAAGCAUCAGAUGCCUGUGAAUCGGAUGAGCACACUGCGAUGUAUCACAAGGCUCUGGAGCAUGUCUUCAAUCUGGAGUAUGUGACUAUUGCAAACCUCCAGUCAAUAUUGGGGAGCGCUACAUCUGUAGCAGCUGUUAAAAAAAUAUUGGAGCAGAUGGGGUCUGAAGGCUACAUUGAAAGCGCAGCCAGCAACAGGAAGAAAGGGCGGAAGGUUCUGCGCUCCAAGAAAAUUCAGGCUGGGAUGCAGGACGAAAAGCAUGAGUCCAAAGGAGGCAUACACGCCACUCGCCCAUCUCCCUCCACAAGGAAGCCACUUGCUGACCAGCUGAAAACCGCGAGUCCUUCUGCAGUGGCUCAGGUGUGCUCGUUGGGUUCGGACAUGACAAGGUCUCGAGCAAGGGAAGCUUCAGUGGCUAAGAGCGAAAGUGGCUUCAAGGAACCACCUUCUUUGGCGAAGGACAAGAAGUUAUCCAGAAAGGCUCCACCUGAAGUCAGCUCAACAGGUUAUGAAAAGAUGAAGCUGGGACCUGAACCUGGCUUGCUUGGUGAGCUGGAAUUCGUGAAAGAAAGCCAGGACACCAUCAACUUCAGCAAUGCAAGAAUCCGCAAAGCCAGCACGGUGGUUGAACCAAUACAGCAAACAUUCAAGAAACAAAGAUCAUCUGCAUCACAGGGACCUGGAUCCCGCUUCACAAGAUCUUAA